CCCGCCUUCGGCGAGUGCGUCUAGUGGCUGGAGAUCAUGUAGAACUCUGGCUUCUGAAUGCAGCCUUGUGUAUGGUUAUCAAGCAUGUUGGACCUGCAUGCACCCCUCCGUCCCAAAAGGAAGAAGCAGUGGGUGGAUUUCUUGGUCCAAUUCCGAUGGGUAGUUGUUAUUUUUGUAGUCCUUCCCAUAUCUUUCACAAUAUAUUUCCUCACAUAUCUUGGUGACAUAAGAUCUGAGCUGAAAUCAUUUAAACGUCGCCAAAGAGAACACGAUGAGAAUGUCCUGAAAGUUGUGAAUCGCCUUAAGCAAAGAAAUCCUAAGAAAGAUGGGCUUGUUUGCACUGCUCGAAAGCCAUUCAUUGCUGUCGGCAUGAGGAAUGUUGAUUACAAACGUGCUAGACAUUUUGAGGUUGAUCUCUCUGCAUUCAGAAAUAUUCUUGACAUUGAUAAAGAGAGUAUGAUUGCCAGAGUAGAGCCUCUUGUUAAUAUGGGUCAAAUAAGCAGAGUUACAGUUCCCAUGAAUCUCGCACUUGCUGUUGUUGCUGAGCUUGAUGAUCUUACUGUUGGAGGCCUCAUUAAUGGUUAUGGGAUUGAAGGAAGCUCUCAUCUUUAUGGCCUUUUCUCUGACACAGUGGUUGCAAUGGAAGUUGUGCUUGCAGAUGGCCGUGUUGUUAGAGCUACAAAGGAUAAUGAAUACUCUGACCUUUUCUAUGCCAUUCCCUGGUCUCAAGGUACAAUUGGGUUCUUAGUUUCAGCAGAUAUUCGUCUCAUACCAGUGAAAGAAUACAUGAAAGUGACUUGCAAGCCGGUGAGGGGUAAUUUGAAGGAACUUGCACAGGCUUAUGCAGAUUCUUUCGCACCAAGAGAUGGAGACCCUGCAAAAGUUCCAGAUUUUGUUGAAACAAUGAUCUAUACACAGACUGAAGCUGUGGUGACGACCGGAAAAUAUGCUUCUAAGCAAGAGGCGCAGAGAAAGGGUAAUGCCAUCAAUGAAUUAGGCUGGUGGUUUAAGCCUUGGUUCUAUCAGCAUUGCCAGACAGCAUUGACAAGAGGCCAGUUUGUCGAAUACAUUCCCACAAGGGAAUACUAUCACAGGCACACAAGGUCCAUAUACUGGGAAGGAAAGUUGAUCCUGCCGUUUGCGGACCAGUGGUGGUUCCGGUGGUGCUUUGGCUGGCUUAUGCCUCCGAAGGUUUCAUUGCUCAAGGCCACCCAAGGUGAAGCUAUUCGGAACUAUUACCAUGACAUGCAUGUAAUUCAAGACAUGCUUGUUCCUCUGUACAAAGUCAGUGAUGCGCUCGAGUUUCUUCACAAUGAAAUGGAGGUGUAUCCGGUAUGGCUUUGCCCCCAUCGUUUAUUCAAACUUCCGGUGAAGACAAUGGUGCAUCCUGAACCAGGAUUUGAGCUGCACCAUCGGCAAGGUGAUACAAACUACGCGCAGAUGUACACUGACAUUGGUCUAUACUACGCUCCAGCUGCUGUUCUGCGUGGAGAGGAGUUCAAUGGAGUUGAAGCCGUGCGUCGAUUCGAAAAAUGGUUGAUUCAGAGCCAUGGUUUCCAACCACAAUAUGCAGUCAGUGAGCUGAGUGAGAAGGAUUUCUGGCGUAUGUUUGAUGGUGAACUCUAUGAAGAAUGCCGUAGAAAGUACAAGGCUGUUGGUACUUUCAUGAGUAUAUACUAUAAGAGCAAGAAAGGGAGGAAGACGGAGAAAGAAGUGUAUGAAGCUGAACAAGCCAUGCUUGAAUCAGCCUAUGCUGAGAAGACUUCAUUGGGUUGAUGUUUUUUCUGGUUCUCUAUAAAUUAGUAGCUUGAAACCACCAUUUGGAUCAUAAAAAUUAACUGCCCGUUUUAUAUAUUUUUAUCACAUAAAUUGUUGUAUUAAAUAAAAUAAUUAAAGUGAAUAAAUUUUAUUAUUCGGGAAUUAAAACCAAUGAACAAAUUUGUAUUCUUAGAUGAUAAAAUACUGUU